CCGCCCGGUCCCGCUGCUCCCGUCCGGGCACGGCGGCGCCGACCCCGACCCCGCGCCCGCGGCUCCCGCCGGCGCCGCAGUUUGUCCCUCCGCGGCCGCCGUCCCCCUCUCUGAAGGCCCAAGAUGGCGGCGCCCGGCGGGGCGGGUGCGGCCGCGCUCCCGAUCCCGCUCCCGGUCCCGGCGCCCAUCCUGGCCCCGGAGCCGCCGCCGUUCCCGGCCUGGCUCGCAGCGCGGCUGGACGCGCUGGGGCUGGACCGCGCCGUGUACGGCGCCUACAUCGAGGGGCUGCUGCGGGAGGAGGAGAGCGAUGAGGAGCGGCUGGAGGCGCUGCGGGCCGUGCUGGCCGCCUGCCUGGAAGAAGAUCUCUUGAACGAUGUGUGCAGGGAGGUUGUGGAGAGGUGGUCUGACUCCCAGGUCGUUGAUGCCAAAGAGGAGAAAGAAGAUGAGGUCCAGGCCAUCGCCAGCAUGAUGGAGAAGCAGGCCAGGAUAGUGGUGAAGCCCAAGGAGGUGUCCCAGGAGGAGAAGCAGAGGAAGGCUGCGCUCCUGGCCCAGUAUGCCAACGUGACCGAUGAGGAGGAUGGUGGGGAUGAACAGGAUGGAUCAACGACAGCAGUAAAUAUUGGAUCAGAAAAAUCGCUGUUCCGAAACACCAACGUGGAGGAUGUCCUGAACGCCAGGAAGCUGGAGCGGGAGCUGCUGCGGGAUGAGUUCCAGAAGAAGAAAGAGCAGGAUAGACUGCAGCGGGAGAAGGACAAGCUGGCCAAGCAGGAGAGGAAGGAGAAGGAGAAGAAACGAACACAGAAGGGCGAGCGGAAGCGGUAGCUGGUGAUUUCCAGUUGGACUCUCAAAGGAUAAAAUUAAUUCUGAAUACGGUGUGUGUUUUAAAAGCAGCAAGAAUUCCAGGCACGUGGCUGGGAGCAGUUCUUGGGAAGUGUUGCCUUUUUUUUGUUUUGUUUUGUUACAUAGCAGAACAGAAUCUCUGAGCAGCUCCUGGACUCCGUGUGCCCUGUGCUUGUGGUGUCAGUGUCCCAGUCGGUGCUCGUGGCCAGUGUCUGUACCAAAGAAGGGUGAAGUGAUUAUGUCCGUGUUGUUAAAUUGAUCCAUUUUUACUUCUGACCACGUGGGAGCAGAGCAUGGUGUAGGAGCAGCCCCUGCCCUGGCUGUGGUUUGAGCUGAGCCUGUCCUGCCACGAGCCAGAGCACACUGCCCUGGGGCACACAUGGAUUCAUUUACACAAGCCUUGAAAAAUAUCUUUGCAAAUCCCUGUGUUUGCACUGCUGAGACCAACGCUCCAGCCCUGCUUGUGCUGGGCUAGGGGAGCAGGAGUGGAGCUGAGCUCAGCACGGGGCAGCACUGGGCUGCAGCAGAGGAGUGAGAUGUGUGAAAUAGAUGAGCUACAGCCUGUGAGUGAGGGAAACACCACCUGGGCAGGAGCAUUGGCCUCAGUAGCAGCAAACCACAAUCCUAACGCAGUUUUAAGACUCCAGAUUGCUGGAAAAUGGUGCUCCCCAAUGUUCUGUGGGGUGAACAUGGACUGUUACCUCCACAGCUGCUGCCAGGGUGAAGCUCUGAAGCUGGUUUGGCACAAGCAGGGUGAGCCAGGCCUGUGCUGGGGUCACUGCCUGUUGGGCAUAGCUGCCAUCAGGAACUGCAGUGCUCUUUCUGAAUGCUCCUCUUCCCCCCAAAGGGCUCCUCCCUGCCGCCCCAGCCUUUUUUGUGAUGCUGUUGCCCACUGGGGAGGGAGAACACUAAUCCUGUGAACUGAGGGGGAAGGAGUGGCUGUGAGAGGACCGGGUGUGCUCUGGGUGCCUGUGUGCUGUGAGGUGACCUGUGCUGAGCUGUGCUCCUGCACUCCCGGCGUGCCUGACCCAGGGCCGCUUUUGGCACCGCUCUGACUCCAGGGGGCCUGGCCUCCCCCUCAGGCUGCUGCUGUGCUGUGUGAGUCUCCAACUGCUUUGUCUUUGGACUUGAAUAAUAAAUCUUGAUUGCCCAAGAA